CUAGUUAUUUCUACUUAGCUAAGUAGAAAUAACGACUUAGAGCGUUUUAUUUCUCUUUUAACUGGUGGGAAUGGGCUUCCAUAAUUGCAGUAUGGCCAAUGAUCGUGAUGUAUGUGAAUGCAGUAACACAGAAAAAACUUCCAAAUCCAAGAUCAUCAUCCUAUGACUCCCUUGCAGAGGCACGGAAUGAUCCUUUUAUAAUGGCCAAGUUUCAUUUCUUCAUGGCUGUCUCCAGAACCUUCUCCACUUUUCUGACUAAAUAUCAGACAGAUGAGCCUGUGUUGCCAUUCAUUAGCAAAGACCUGGUCAUGCUCAUGAAGGUAAUAACAUCCUAUUGACCCUUCUAUUUGAAUUUAUUGUCAUUAAGACAUGUUAUUUACAUUGACAUAAUACAUGUGUAAGAAAUCCUUAAUGACAUCACUGCACUGCAGAUGGUCAGACUGGACACAACUAACACGAAAGCAAGAAAACGACCAAAGAAUGUGGACAUUGGCUUAGGAGCAGAAGCAGUUAUAAAGGAACUCCAGAGUAGCAGCAGAGUAGGUGAGCUCAGUGUGUUGGAGUUUAGAAAGGACUGCAUGGACUGUUUGACUAACAUCAUCCAGAAAAUGCAAGAUAAGAGCCCACUGAAGUACACGGUUGUGAGGCAGGUGGCAUGUUUGGACCCAGCAAACAUGUUCUCAGACCCUAAUUUGUGCCAGGAAAGAAUGAAGCGACUUGUACAUAGGUUUCUGCAAGACCACCAGCUGCCAGGAGGCAUCUCUGCUGGUGAUGUAAUUGUCCAGCAGUUUGGAAACUUUUUGUCUCUGGAGGCAAAAUCUGAGUCAUUGUCUUUGUUCCAACCCAUGAAGACAAGGCUGGAUGUUUUCCUGCAUGGUCUCCUCUGUCAGUCUUACCCUGAGCUCUGGACUUUCUGCAAGAAACUACUGCUCCUCUCCCAUGGCCAAGCAACAGUGGAGAGGGGUUUUUCUGUGAACAAGGAGGUAGAGGCUGAUAAUAUGCAGGAGGACACAGUUGAUGCUCAGAGGAUGAUAUGUGACUAUGUUUCUGCCUGUGGGGGGGUUCUAAAAGUUCCUCUGACGAAGGAGAUCCUGGCAGCUGCAGCUUCUGCAAGAUCUCAGUAUCGGCUACACCUGGAUCAGGAAAAGAGAAAGAAGGAGAGCAAUGCACAAAGAGAAAAGCUGCAGAGGACCUCCUUGAGCAGCUCAAAAAGAGGAAGAUGGUACUAGCUGAGGUGGCAAACAGCCUUGAUAAAGAAGCAGACAAACUGACAGAGCAAGCUGAGGGUAAAUCAGGUUCACUCAUGGCCCAGCUAAUCACCAAGUCAAAUGUUCUGAGG